CUUCAAAAUAUUCAUAGUUCUUCAGUUUUCACUUCAUGUUCUUUUAGGAAAUAUUUUGCUUUGUGCUGGUUUCAGCUAAAGGAUUUGCUCUUAUUCUCUCCUUUUUAUCCUCUUCCACUUUCGCUGUAUGAAGUUAUGAGUUUGUUACUAUUUUACCUGAAAAGAAGUGCCUUAUUUUAUAAUUUUUCUAUAGUUGUAUUUUACACGUUCUUUUCUUGUUCUCCUAUUCCAGAAAUUUAAAACGCAUGAGUUGGAAUCUUGGACUCUGCCUAUGUGCCGUUUAUCUCUCAUGAUGGCUCUUUCUGUGCAGCUGUUCCUGUUAUUAUUUUUUCUCCUCAAGAUUGUUGCCUAGUUAUAUGUCCUGCACGUUUGACUACAAUCACAAUCUUUUACAUAAUUACUUGAAGAGGUUUCAAAAUGGAGCCCAAUGAACAAGAAGGCAAUGGGGCUACGGAAGAACUCCCACCUCCACCUCCUGUUCCUCCAAAUGUUACUCCCAUAAAAGUCGAUUCUGAACCUGAAGCAAAAAAGGUCUUGCGGGCCCCGAUGGCCCGUCGUGGUUUUGGAACCAAGGGAAACAAAGUUCCCAUCCUCACCAAUCACUUCAGAGUGAAUGUGAACAAGGUCGAUGGGCAUUUCUACCAUUACAGUGUGGCUCUUUCCUAUGAAGAUGGUCGCCCGGUUGACGCCAAAGGUGUAGGUAGGAAAGUUCUUGACCGUGUCCAUGAGACUUACGACACAGAAUUGGAUGGAAAACAUUUUGCCUAUGAUGGUGAGAAGAGCUUAUUCACUGUGGGCCCGCUACCUCGGAACAAGCUUGAGUUUACUAUUGUGCUUGACAGUGUGACGUCUAGUAGGAAUAAUGGAAAUUCCAGCCCUGGAGGACACGAAGGCUCUAAUGAAAGUGACAAGAAAAGGAUAAGGCGCCCUUAUCAAUCGAAAACAUUCAAAGUGGAAAUCAGUUAUGCAGCUAAGAUUCCUAUACAGGCCAUUACAAAUGCUUUGCGAGGGCAGGAAUCUGAAAAUUCUCAGGAGGCUAUUCGGGUCCUGGAUAUCAUUUUGAGGCAGCAUGCUGCAAAGCAGGGUUGUUUGCUUGUUCGUCAAUCUUUUUUCCACAAUGACCCAAAGAACUUUGCUGAUGUUGGAGGUGGAGUUCUUGGCUGCCGCGGUUUUCAUUCAAGCUUCAGGACGACCCACAGUGGCUUAUCCUUGAACAUUGAUGUAUCCACGACUAUGGUUAUUCAGCCUGGGCCUGUAGCUGAGUUUCUGGUUGCUAAUCAGAAUGUAAAAGAUCCCUUCUCCAUUGACUGGGCAAAGGAUUCACUAUUGCUAAUAAAAUCACAACAGGCCAAACGUACUCUGAAGAAUUUGAGGGUGAAGACUAGUCCCACCAACCAGGAGCACAAAGUCACUGGAUUAAGUGAGAAAAGUUGCAGAGAGCAGACGUUCACGUUAAAGUCGAAGAACAAGGAUGAGGAAGGUGAAGAAGUGACUGUCUAUGAUUACUUUGUCAACCAACGCAACAUUAAUUUGCGGUAUUCUGCUGAUUUGCCGUGCAUUAAUGUUGGGAAACCGAAACGACCAACGUACUUCCCAGUCGAGUUGUGCUCUUUGGUGUCUUUACAACGUUACACAAAAGCUCUGUCAACGUUCCAAAGAGCAUCACUUGUGGAGAAAUCACGUCAAAAACCGCAAGAGAGGAUGUCAGUUCUGAGUAAUGCUUUGAAAAUCAAUAAUUACGAUGCCGAGCCUAUGCUUCGUUCUUGUGGCGUGUCCAUUAACAACAACUUCACCCAGGUUGAAGGGCGUAUCUUGCCAACACCAAAGCUUAAAGUUGGUAAUGGUGAAGAUCUGUUUGCUAGGAACGGAAGGUGGAACUUCAACAAUAAGAAACUUGUUGAUGCAAGUAAGGUUGAGAAAUGGGCUGUUGUAAACUUCUCGGCUCGAUGUGAUGUGCGUAACCUGGUCAACGAGUUGAUGAAAGUUGGUCAAAUGAAAGGAGUUGUAUGUCCUCUGACAUCCUUUGUUCUUUAUGAUUCUCCAUAUAGUGUUGAACAUCCAUUCGACGUUUUCGAGGAGAAUCCUCAGUUCAGACGGGCUCCGCCUACUGUUAGGGUUGAGAAGAUGUUUGAGGAAAUACAAUCAAAGCUUCCUGGCCCACCAAAAUUCCUCCUGUGCUUGCUUCCAGAGCGCAAAAACUGCGACGUUUACGGUCCCUGGAAGAGGAAGAACUUGUCUGAUUUUGGAGUUGUUACCCAAUGCCUGUCCCCUGGACGUGUAAAUGACCAGUAUUUGACAAAUCUCUUGCUGAAGAUCAAUGCCAAGCUUGGAGGUCUGAACUCCAUGCUGGCUGCUGAGUUGUCACCAUCAAUUCCUGUGAUAUCAAAGUCUCCCACUUUAAUUUUGGGGAUGGACGUGUCUCAUGGCUCGCCUGGACAGUCUGAUAUUCCGUCUAUUGCUGCAGUUGUUAGCUCGAGGCAGUGGCCCUCGAUUUCUCGCUACCGAGCUUGUGUCCGUACGCAGUCCCCAAAAGUUGAAAUGAUUGACUCGCUUUACAAGCGUGUGUCGGACACUGAGGAUGAUGGCAUUAUUAGGGAACUUCUGAUUGAUUUUUACACUAGCUCGCAGAAAAGAAAGCCUGACCAAAUCGUAAUCUUCAGAGACGGUGUCAGUGAGUCACAGUUCAAUCAAGUGCUGAACAUCGAACUAAACCAGAUCAUUGAGGCCUGCAAAUUCCUUGACGAGAAAUGGUCACCCAAGUUUGUGGUCAUCAUUGCUCAGAAGAAUCACCACACGAAAUUUUUUCAGCCAAAUGCUCCUGAAAACGUGCAGCCAGGAACAAUAAUUGAUAACAAGGUUUGUCAUCCCAAGAACAAUGACUUCUACUUGUGUGCACAUGCUGGGAUGAUAGGAACCACACGACCUACCCAUUAUCAUGUCCUGCUAGACGAGGUUGGUUUUGCUGCAGAUGAUCUGCAGGAACUUGUGCAUUCCUUGUCGUAUGUGUACCAGCGUAGCACCACUGCUAUUUCAGUUGUUGCCCCCAUUUGCUACGCCCACCUGGCGGCCACUCAGCUAGGCCAGUGGAUGAAAUUCGAAGAGAAAUCCGAGACAUCUUCCAGCCAUAAUGGGAGUGUGCCAGCUGUGGUCCCCAUGCCCACUCUCAAGGAGAGUAACCUCGGACUUAUGGUCUGCGUCUAG